GGGGACUCGAAUGCUGAAUCUCGAUCAAGUGACGGGUUAGUGUAGGUAACGUAUGUGCUACAUAAUUUGAAAACAUGACAUUGACUAGUGAAUAUGUGAUAAGCCAGGAGCCUUGUCUCUUACAAUCUGUAUGAUUGAUGAGAUUGAAUGGAAGAAUGAUGCAGUGGUGGAAUUCAGAUAUGCUUGUCAAACCGAACAUGGUUGGGGAUGAUGAAUCAAAAGAGAACGGGAUGAAUGCAUGGAAGAAGCACACUGUUAAAGAAACAUCAGAAAAGGAUAGUCCCAAACGAAAGUGGCACUUCAAAGUAAAAGUUGAUCUAAAUCCUGGCGAGGAUGUCUGUGUGACUGGAAACUCAGAAUCUCUUGGACUCUGGUCGAUAACCAAAGCUCUAAAAUUGAACAAAACUGACGAAGAAAAUAUUUACUCAGGAACGGUGGAGAUAGCUGCAAAUCGUGAUGUUGAAUACCGUUAUGCAGUUUGUAGUUUUAUUGAGCCAGACGUGAGUCAUAUGGAUGAGGUGCAAUGUGUUGUACGCCAUUGGGAGACUUUCACACUACCAAGAGUUGCUAAAACGAACAAUGAGGGUAACGGCCAGUUGGAAGUGUAUGGCUACAUGAAUGGCGUGGAGAAAGUGGGCCGAGGAUGGCUGACCUGCGCAAACAUCAUUCAGUUGAAGCUGCUCAAUAAUCCAAUUCAGCUCUGGAAGAAGAAACUGCAAGGUCGAAAGGUAACUACAGUUCACAGAAAUUUUGCUAUCGUAAGCAGCAUCGUGGUUUUGAUGCAUCAACAAAUAAUUCAAUCGUGUUACACGAUUGAAACACGAACUAGCCUCAGGAAAGAAAAUGCAGAACUGAAGGAACGCGUCGAGGAUAUGGAACAAUACUCAAGAUCGAACAUGCUGGAAAUAAAUGGUAUACCCAAAAAACAGGAUGAAGAUGUAACAGAAAUCAUUUGUAGAAUGAGCGAAGCAUUAGGACACAAAAUAAAAGCAGAUGCAAUCGACAUUUGUCACAGACUUAAACAACGAAAUGAAAACCUACCUCCACCAAUCGUUGUCAAGUUCGUUCGUAGAACAGACAAACAAGUAAUAUUGAAUAAAAGGAAAGUUACGAGGCAGUUUUCUACAAAGCAGAUGGGAGAAACAACGGACCAUCCAGUCUAUGUGAAUGAAAGUCUAGCACCUACGCGAAGAAGGAUUUUCACCAUGGCGAGAGAGAUCUUCAAAAGAGGCGACAUCAAAUACCUAUGGAUCAAGGAAGGGAAGAUUCUAGCUAGGAAAGAAGACGGAACACCAGUUAUUGAACUCAAGAACAGUGAACAAGUGAAAAAGUUGAGCGUGCAUCUAAGCAGCCAGAACUUUCUAUUACAGGUGAUGAACCAAGCCGAACAUAUGUUGCAUCGCCAGGAUCAGUUUGGGCAACCUUACAGUGAGAAUGACUUCAUACUGUUCCAAGCACAAGUUCUGCUCCCGGAAACAAUGGCGUUCCUGAUCGAUUACUAUACUUACCCAUCUAACAAGAGCUCGGCUGGCGAAGAGCCGCCCUACCACGUGGGCUUCAGUCACAUCAUGCCCAGCUCGACCAAGGCCAGUGAGGGCCAAAUCGAUGUGCCCAUUGUCAACGUUCGCCAUCAGCCCAUCGGCGAAAUAAAGGUCGAUUACCUGGUAAUAAAGCCAAUUGCCAAUUUCGAUUGCUCAGUGCAAGGGACACGACAACAUGAAUGGAAAGACAGUUGGACAGGACUGGAUGUCGGACAUCGCGGUUCAGGUUCAUCGUUCAAACCCGAACAACAAAAUAAUUCUUCAUAUAUAGUAAAUGGAUUCUGUAUUCUGAAUUUAAUUGAAUGGAUUCCACUAUUGCAGGGGUUAGACAGUGCUUUGAAGAUCAGCAAAGCCCUUCAUUUUUGUGAUAUUGACUGUGAGUUUUGCCGGCUUUUCCAUUUGCAAGAGGGUAAGCAGAAAAAUUCCAAAACAUUUAGUGAAGAUACGGAAGAACAUCAACCGUUUCCUACACUUCAACAAGCGCUUGAAGUACUUGAUCCAAGUGUUGGCUUCAACGUUGAAGUUAAAUGGAAUAUGAAAUUGAAGGAUGGAACGAACGAACUAAAUAAUCCUCUGGAUUUGAACCUGUUUUUGGACUGUGUUCUAAAAGUAGUAUUGACAUACGCUGAUACUCGGCCGAUUGUCUUCUCAUGCUUCCAUCCAGAUGUUUGUACAAUGAUCCAAUUAAAACAGAACCGAUAUCCGGUGAUGUUCCUCACACAGUGCAUUACUCUCAAAUAUCCUGUUUAUUACGAUCCUAGAUGUCAGAGUAUUACUAUGGCCGUCCAAUUUGCUGUUAGCACUGGAUUAUUGGGUAUAAAUGUGCACACGGAAGAGCUGCUAAGGGAUCCUUCUCAAAUGGAACUGGUGAAGUCGGCCGGAUUAGUGCUGUUCUGUUGGGGAGACGACAACAACAACAAAGACACUAUCAGGCAUCUCAAAGAACUUGGUCUUCAUGGUGUCAUCUACGACAAGAUUGAUCAGUUCGGCACAAAAGAGGUGAAGGAAAGCAUAUUCAGAAUCGAAGCCCGAGAAUCUGAAAAGCUGUUGGCGUUGGUGACUGAGAGUGCUGCAGCUGCAGACGCCAGUGGCGACAAAAACGCUCACUCUAAAGACUCAACUACGGUUGGUGAGAAGUUCUACCUUGAUUUGAACAAAGCACUGACGAAAAGCGAAGAGCAGACGGGACCCUGCUCCAGUGACGCAUCCCUGUGGAGCACCAAAUCUCCCAAUUCAAAGUCAACCAAUGUCAACAAGUAACCCUCUCUACAACAUUAAUGUCAAGUUAUUCUUCAAAUUUGGAAAAGAACCUUCAACCUGCUCAAUUUUUUGGAAUCUACCAUGAAAUGGUUAGUUUUAUUUAAAUGGUUAUUGUGAGUUUAUUUGAUAAUAUUUUGGUGAUAUAAUAUGGUAAGGAUUGUUAUAAUAUUGUAUACUGUAUUGUCCUAAUUUAUUUUUAACAUAUAUUUCAAAUUAAGUUUUGCAUAGUACAAAAAAAGUUUAAAUCUAGGUAAAAAUUUAUGUAUUAUAAUAUGUGAUUGUGAUUUUUGGGAAAAUAUUCUUUGUAUAAAAUUAUUUUAGUAAAGUCUUCUUAACUUGAGAUCCAGGAAAUUUAGGGUUGAUUCUUCUGCUUUAAGAGUUUUCAGUUCGAUUUGAAAAUAUGUGAUAAUUAUGUGUUGUUAAAUUUGAUAAUCAUGACACCUGAAUGAAUUACGAAUAAAAAAUAUAAUUCACUGUUAUUCAU